AUGCCCGAUCUCCCCUCUGUAAGCCAGUUAAGUCCGGAUACCUCACCACCAUCUGGAAAACAUUCGCCGGCUCCAGGCGGAACACCGCGAUGGCACUACGACGAUCCCAUAAUAAUCGCUGAGAAAUACUACACGGAAAUGCACAUAACACGCAAUACGAGCAGAACCGCGCAAUCAACUCUGGCACCGUCACCUGCUCGCAACGUACACGUGGAGACGUAG